AUGAUGAUGAUAGCGCUGACGCUGGAGCGGUAUGUGGCCAUUUGCCACCCGACGCGGACCCGAGACGCCAACGGGGAGCAGCGAGCUUACGCAGUGGUGUUCGUGGUGCCAGUCUUGUGCCUGGUGGUGUACUUGCCGUACAUGUUCCACGCCAUGAUCAACGACUGUCGCAACGCCAACGGAGACACCAUUUACCAGCGGAGGGACAACGUGGCCGUUCAAGGCACGAUAUGGUACAACUUGUACCAAUGGCUUUUGCAAUGCAUUUUCCGCCUCUUGCCGGUGACUGUGUUGGGAUGGCUCAAUGUUUGCAUCAUCGUCGCCUACAGACGAGUGUGCUCCAAGCGGAAGAAAAUGACACGUCGGCCAACAGGCGAGGAGAAACACUCGAGCUCAGACGCAGUCCGGCUGAUGUUCCUCCUGGGAGUGACCAGCUGCUUGUUCUUCGUAUGCAUGACCCCUGUGGCAGUGCUGAGCAUCAUGUUCUCCACGGAGAUGUACCUGGACUCCAUCUCGUUCCAAGUGUUUCGGGCUGUCGCCAACACGCUGGAGAUUGUCAAUUUCGCCAUGACCUUCUACAUUUACUGCCUGUUUUCCACCGAGUUCCGGCAAACGUUUUUGCAGCUCUUUGGAUGCGAAGCGUGGGGGGCCAAGGCGAUCAACGGGACCAGUUACGCGGCUGCGAAUGCGAAUUCUCUGAUCGGCAACAGGUUGAUGCUGCAGCAAGUUGAUAAGCAAAAUAAAGCCUUGUCGGAGCCCGAGAUGAACAAGUAUUUGCAGCCCCCAGCAGCGUCUGCGUCUCAUCACAGCAACUCGUGCGGAAAUGGCUUCGAAUUGCAAAUUUACUCCCACUCCAUGGGAGACCGGAACUCGCCCGCCAGUUUUCCGCAUGAAGUUCAACUAUAA